CACAACCAUGCAUUUUGUACCAAAAUUUAUUCGUUUAAUUUGCAUUGCAUCGUUGAAAUCUAUUUUUAAAAUUGUCAAUUUCGCACCCAGCUGUUUUCAUAUCAAUACCAACGCCAUAGACUUGUGCUGUAGGCAAAUACUGCUGUAAAUCUCUAUCAUUGCAUAACCGCCCAAAAGAAAAACCUCAACACUCGAAAUGGCUUUGCCCGAAGGUCUUGCUAAGAACAUGGAAAAAUUCCAGGCCAAGAAUACCCUGCCCGUUUUCUUGAAGGGUGGUCCAGCCGAUAAGGCUUUGUUUGGCCUCACUGUUGGCCUGUGCGGUGUUGGUCUCUUGGGUAUCUUGCAUAUGAUCUAUUCCCUCGGUUUCGCCAAGAAAUCCAGCUAAACUAUUGUUUUGUGAAUGAAUGUUCUUUAAAUAUAGGAAAUUAAAUUCUUAAUAAAAUUAUGAAUAUGGACAAGUGAAAAAAA